AGCGGUUAGGGACAUCUUCAGUUAAGUGUGGCAGCCAUUUUAGCUGAUUAUAGUAAUUUGCUUGUUCGUCACCAGAGCAUGGAGGACAGAAGAAGAACACCACAGACGACUGCUGUCUACAGACUUUCUCUAACAUCUCUGAGCCCCUAGACUUUAGGGAAUGGGGACACAGACAGAAACAUCAUUGUCCAGCACCCCUGGAGCAGUUGGUGACAAGGGCACAGCAACAACGUUUUUCACAAUGUCAGCUCCAGGACUCGAACCUAAAUCUUGCGGUUACUGGCCCAACGCUUAAACCUCAAGGCUACCUGCCUCCCCUGCUGAAUGGCCACAAUCUGGCUGAACCCUAACCCUAGCCACAACCACAAUCGUGAUCCUACCUUUCCCUGGUCUGACCCCAGGUCAGCAUGGUGACUCUGAAACACCUUAGUGUGGAGGACCCAGAUGACUACAGCUCUCCUCCGGUGCCUGAUGCUGACUUCACUGAGAAAACAGCUGUUACAGUUACACACAGGAGACCUACACCUGACACCAGGGAGAUGCUACUCAGCAGGACUAACAACCUAGCCUUGAGUCUAGUGCUGCUGGUGGGAUGCUACUCUGCUAUCCUGGUCCCUGCUCUUAUACCUUCAGACCCUCUGUCAGGGGCUAACGACAACCAACACACUGACAUGGUAUUACUAAACCGCUCUGCCUCCCUGCUUGUGCAGCCCUGCCAUCCGGGCUGGUGUGUGUCUCGUCUCCUCUCCCUGGACUCCUCCUCAGACCUCCAGAACAUCCCCGUGUUCCUCCAGUCGGGGAUUGCAGCAGACAGGCCUAUUCCCUGGGACUUGGCUCCUCCCCUGGGCCUCCAGGGCUGUGACGAGAGGGUGUCUAGGGCCCUGGCCUCUCUAACUCAUCCAGGCCUGCCCCCAUCCCUGGAGGGGAGAGGUAGGGGUGGGGGCUGUAGGAGGUGUGUGGUGGUGGGCAGUGGAGGGGUGCUACAUGGAAGCCACCUGGGAUCCCAUAUUGACCAGUAUGAUGUCAUCAUCAGGAUGAACAAUGCCCCAGUGUCAGGGUUUGAGAGGGACGCAGGCUCCAGGACCACUGUCCGUUUGAUGUACCCAGAGGGAGCUCCCCUUUCCCCCAGCGAGUACAGACACACCUCCCUGGUUACCCUGGUGGUCUACAAGUGCCUGGACCUGGACUGGCUCACCUCUGUCAUCACCAAACAGCCUCUGAGCUGGUGGUCCAAGCUGUGGUUCUGGAGAGACAUAGUGGAGAACAUUCCUCUGAAGCCGGAGAACAUCCAGAUACUCAACCCAGAGAUCAUGCACAAGACAGGCAUAGCACUGACAGGAUACACACAGCAACAGAGGAAGUUAGUUCCUACGUUAGGUGCCAGUGCGGUGGUGAUGGCCCUACAGCUGUGUGAUGAGGUGAGCCUGGCAGGGUUUGGUUAUGACCUGCAGCAUCCCGGUGCCAGACUACACUACUAUGAGAGUCUAAGUAUGGACGCCAUCAAGGCCCAGGUAGUACAUGAUGUGAGCGCUGAGAAGCUCUUCCUCAGAGAGCUAGUGGCUGCAGGUGUCUUGACUGACCUCACAGGGGCGCUGUGACAAAGAGACAGUACCAGGGAUGGACCCUGUUCUACCAGUUGUGGUUGGAGGUUAACUGCCUUGCUCAAGGACAGAACGGCAGAUUUUUCCACCUUGCCGGCUCGGGGAACCAGCGACCUUUCUUAACCCCUGGUUCCUUUUCCUAGCAUGAUGAUUCAACCAAUCAAGGCUUAGUUGAAAAAUGUACUAUUAUUAUAUACUAUAUUAUGCACUAUAAAAAUGUAUGCACCCAUUACUGUAAGUCGCUUUGGAUAAAGGUGUCUGCUAAAUGUCAUAUGUAAUUAUUAUAUAUUAAAUGCCCAAAGCAGCCGUUUGUAUAUCAAUAUCAAAUCAUUUCUGGCUAACAGUUAAGUACCUUACUGUAAUAGAUUUAAAUAAAAAUGUGCCAAAAAAUA